ACAAAGAGUGGACUGUAGUGUGGUGAAGCCCGCUGUUGUUUUUAGCACAGUAACCCCCUGCACCCCCCGCCCCAUCUCUGCUGCCUCCUUUUCAUUUGCUGCUUCUUUUUUUCAUCCCGCCUAUGUGCGCCGCAUCCAUACCAAGAUCCACUGACUUAUCCACCGCAUGUCCCUGCAGCUUUGCCGGCUUUAAUCACAUAACUGCCUUAAAUCACAUCUUGACGCGGGGACACAUGACUGACAGCUGAUCGGCGCUCUCACUGUGAUUUUUGCUCCACUCCUCCACCCAUCUACAGGCCUACUCUCUGAACAUAUCCUCACCCUCAAACACAUUCUGGCCAUGCAGGAGGUGUGACCCUCCUUCUUCUUCUUCCUCUUUGUGCAUUGUUGGAGGAGACCUGAAACAGAAAAACUACAACAAAAAAAAUCCAACGUGUUACUAAAUCAAGAUGUCAGACCCUGAUCCCUCCUCAACAGCAGAUCCACCGCUGCCACUCACCUCCCCUCAGACCCCGCUGCAGCUCUCCUUCCCCUUCCUGAGGGAGGGCAGUCGGAUUUGGGAGAGAGAGAGGAAGCCGCCUCAGCCCGGAGAGCUGCCCAGCCCACUGCCCACCAAACGCACUCGCACAUACUCAGCGACAGUGCGAGCUAGAUCAGGUCCAGUUUAUAAAGGGAUGUGUAAAAACUUCUCCAGGUCUCAGGGUCAUGGAUUUAUCCGCCCCUCUCACGGAGGAGAGGAUAUCUUUGUCCACAUCUCCGAUAUUGAGGGAGAGUACGUGCCUAUGGAGGGGGACGAGGUCACGUACAAGGUGUGUCCCAUCCCUCCAAAGAACCAGAAGAUCCAGGCUGUCGACGUGAUGCUCACCCACCUGAAUCCAGGCACCAAGCACGAGACCUGGUCAGGGCAAAUCAUCAGCUCCUAGAUCAGCGCUUCAGGCUGCAAUGACAAAAGAGGAUUGGGAUUUAAUUUGAGGUUUUAUGAUUUUGGGGUGAGAGAUUUGGGACUUUGUUGGUAGAGGAGAGAUCGGAGCUUGGUCUACCGCAGACUUCAGCCUGAGGUGGCCAUGUUAUGAAGGGUCUUGGUUAACGUGUCUUAGGAUUAGAAAAGAGGCUUUGAAUGUAUAAGUUUGAAUGUUUUCUUUGAAAGUUAGGGUUUCAUUUGGUUUUGAAUGUUUAAUUAAAGGUUCAGAAGUCUCAGUUAAAGUUACAGAGCUUGGUGCUAGCUUUGUUUUGUUGACCUAGUAUUAAGUCUAUGUUGGAAAAUCAGUUGCUGUUAGAGAAGCAUUUUUUAAUGACAUGCUGAAGGGGUAAAUCUUUUUCAAUUUGACCCAGCCUUGCUUUUUUGAAACUCAGUGGCCACAUUACAUGCAGGCAGAUUUAAGUCUUAAAAUACCAGCUGAAGUGAGUUUUGGAUUGCAGUCCUUUAUUUUGUCUCGCUUUGAAACUAGGCUACAAACUGAUAAAAAAAACGUUGUGCCACCACUGCCGAAACUCUUGUUACAAGGAUCUCAUUGAACAUUUUAGCCAUAUUGUAACUGUGUUUACAGCGACAGAUGGAAAAGGAAUUAAAGGUGAAUCAUAUUUGUCACUGCCCUUUCUGUCUCAAUGUGACAGGAGCAGCUGCUCAGAACUGCCUUCAGAAAAUCCUGUUGUUUUCAUGAUUUACUGAAAACCCUGGUAGUGCACGGCUGCCAAAGUAAAACUGUGGCACUUCAGUCUGACAAGGAUCCAAAUAGCUCUUAGUGCAUUUUGGCCUCAGGAGCUGUGAUCAGCUCCACGUGUAAGGAAUUAAUUUCCUUCUUAGUGUUGUAGCACUCGUGUAUUUCAUCUACUUGAAAAAUGUAGAAAUCCAGUAUUAAUGUAGCCAGCUCCUAUGACGGUCCUAUGUUUUGGUGGUAGAGACAGUAGCUGGAUGUUGUGUUGGACUGCCACAGAAAACCAGGCCAGAGGGUUUGGGGUUAGAGUACCAGAGAGGGGAGAAGGUCAGGGAACGGGCAGAGGAUGGAGUGAGAAUAUAAGGAUGUACCUGAGAACAGAAACAGCUCGAUUUAAAAUGUCAUGAAGCAUGUGUUUGAAGCAAGAAAUGAUUGAAAUCAGCAGUUCACCACUAUUCAGGUAGACUCGAUGAGGUUUAAGGAAAUAGUUCGACAUUUUGGGAAAUAUGCUUAUUUUCUCUUUUGGCAUGAGUUAACGAUUGAUACAACUUCAUUAUCCUCUCUACUGUUAAAGCUCUUAGCAUAGCUCAGCUUAGUUUGGCUUAGCAGAAAGACUGGAAACAGCUAGAUUUACUCUCCCUGAGAGUGACUAAAUCUGCUCACCAGCACCUCUAACAAAAGCACUACAUUGUAUGCAUAUUAAAGGUGUAAAUAUAGCAGUCUUUAGGCUUACUCUAUACCGGGUGAUGGUAAUGCAACACGAAAGAAGAUGACUUUCGACGUAGCUAGGCUAACCACCCGCUAGCUGUAGUUUUGUCUUUUGCAUAAAGACUUAAAAGAGGAUCUGCUGUUUUCAUCUUGCUUUUGUCAAACAAGUGAAUAUGUGUAUUUUUCAAAAUCUUAAACUUCUCCCCAAAAUCCCUCGUGCAAGAAGAAAAAAAGGCUUUAAUAGCUCCAAGUUUCUAGCAUUUUUCUAUUGACGCCAUAAAUGAUCCCUCUUGUUAAACAGAGUAUUUGCAGCUUGCAAGCUUUUGUUUUUUUAUAUUUAAAAGAAAAGUGAUAAUAAGAAUUGAAGUUUUUUUAAAGAUCAGUAUCAGGGUUAGAAAGAUGAACUGCUGAUUUAUUUGAAGGUUGAAAAAAAGAGGGAGGUUAAGACGUUACUACAUGUAAUGGCGAUUGACUGUGAAAAACAGCAGCAAAUGCUUCCUGUUGUAAGUUUUAAAAAAGGCAAUUUAUUUAUUAAGUUAUUUAUUGUCAUUUUAACUAUGAGACCAUCAGGUGUUUGGUAAUUCAAAGCUGCAUUUAUAAGUAUUUGUGCAAAUGUAAGCCUCUUUGAAUACACUGCACACCUCGCUCUAAUGAUACUACCCAGUUCACACCCUGUCAGGUCAUCAUUGACAGGUAAAAAAAAACAACCUUCAAACCUUUCUGAACACAAGUUUCUUAUUUCUACAUAAUCCUAGUCUAAUUUUUAUUAGCUAUGUCCUGUACAAAAUAACAAGCAGUCUAAUUGUUUUUGGAAGGUGGCAUGUUUUGUACUGUUUGUGGUAUUUUUUAUGUAGAUUGUUUUGAUUCUGUUUCAUCAUGCAGUAACACAUUUGAAGCCUUCAAGGAGGAGUUGUCAGACUCUUAUGCAUCUUUGAGUGUGUCUUAACAUCGUUGUAACACACUGCUGUGUUUGGAUUCUUAACUGUGAGGAGGAACAAGUUCGACUGUGUUUGCAAGCACUUUUGUUUUUGUCAACUCACUGUGACCCUGUCUUCUGUCUUUGAGGUAAAGUUUGAAUAAAACUUAAGACUGUAUUCACA